AUGAAUCGAGUUCCACCACACAUACAUCUACAAGCAAAUAUUUGGGACGAAACUGAAGAAUUAUCAACUACUUCAAAUCAACAACAACGCAGAGUUCCAAUCAUUGUUUCCCAUCAAAAAGAUCAAACUUCCCCAACUCGGGUUGACUAUUUAAUUCCACACAAGAAAAUUCACAUAGAUCCGAAUAUUUAUGAAAUUGAUUUAUUAAAUAAUGAUGAAAUAUUUGAUAAUCAGCAAUCAAAUGAUCAUGGCAAUGAGAAACAAGAAUUUACUUGUCUUGAUUGUUUGUUCGUGUUGGAACAAGUUCUUUCUCCGGAGGAAUGUCAAGAUUUGAUCGAUGUGACUGAUGAAUUGGGGUAUCAUUCGAUUGAUAGAGAAUAUUCAAAAGAGUAUAGAAAUAGUGAGAGAGUAGUGGUAACUAGUAAGAAAGUUGCUGAAAUAUUAUGGAAUAGGAUAGUACCAAUGAUGAAGAAGGAAGAUAUUACAAAUGUGAAGCCAUAUGGAUUUGAUAACAAUGGAAAAUGGGUUCCAAUAGAAUUAUCCGAAUGUUUGAGAUUUAACAGAUAUAAGGAAGGAAAUUUCUUUAAACCUCACAUGGAUUCUCACUUUGUCAGAAAUGACAAUGAGAGAAGUAUAUUCACCAUUCUUAUUUAUUUAGAUGAUUCUCCUUACGGAACUACCUUUUGGAAAAAGAUUCCAGACGAAACAAAUGAAGACCUUUCAAAAAUGAAAUUCAAGAAACUCUUAACAGUUCAACCAAAAGCUGGGUCCAUAGCAAUAUUUAAUCAUGAUAUUUACCACUCAGGAGAUUAUGUAAAGGAAGGUUUCAAAUAUGUUGUGAGAACUGAAAUGAUUUUUAAGAGAAUAGAUUCUGAGAGUGUCUACAAGCAAAAUUACAUUGAAAAUAGUCAAUACCAAAAAGUUUUACAAUUAUUGGAAGAAAGUGAACAAUUAGAGAAGGAAGGAAAUGUUAAAUUAGCAACUGAAAAAUUUAUUCAAGCUCAGGAUUUACACACAAACGAAUCAAAAAGCAUUCGAAUUGAACAAUCGGCUCGUAAAGAAGAUUCACCAAUUACAAUUUAUGCAAUUUCAGAAGAUGCUUUCUAUGCCAUAUUUUCAUUUAUGAAAGCAGAAGAAAUUUCUCAAACAUUUCUCAAGCUUAAUAGAGAACUGAAUGCCAUUACAAGACACUCAUACAUUUGGAAAGAAAGAUACUCUCAAAAAUGGCCAAUCAAUCCUAUAGUUCCACUUGGUCGAGAAAUUGGAAUUAAAAAUCUAGACUUCGAAGAAGAAAUAGAGGAAGGAGUUAUUACUUCAAUUGAAAAUCAAGCAACUUAUCAAUAUCAACAGACAAUAGGCGAUUGGUAUCAUGCUUUUAUAUCGAGAUCAUAUCAGAAUAGAUUCUCAGAUGUCAUCUUAUUGGACUUUAUUGAUGGAUUUUACAGAUUUGGACUUUCAUCUUUGGCUUUAUUUUAUUCUUCUCCAGCUUUGUGUGCAGAAAAAGUUGGUUCCCACUUUAAUGUUCUGGCCUAUGGAUUUAAAAGUCUCGUGUGUGGUGAUAGAUAUCAAGUCUUCCAGCGUGAUUGUUCCAAAGAAAAUCUUAUUCUUGAUUGCAAUUCGAAUAUCUUGGAUUAUGACUAUUUUAAAGAACUAAUUAUUCAACUUUAUCAAGACGAUUUGAAAAAGAGCUUUUUCACACCGUUGCUGUUAGCAGUUCCACUAUCUUGGACAGAUUCCAUUAUUUCAAAAGUAAGCAACAUUCUCGACGAGUUGGAAAUUGAUGUAAUUUAUGUGGAUGAGGAAAAACUUAGAACCAUUUACUAUCAAAAACCAACCUGUACUGUUUUGAAAGUCAACAGAAGUGGAGUUUAUUUAAUUCCUGUGAUUGAACACGAAACUGUUAGAGAAUACAUUGUUUAUGAAGAAUCUAAAUGCAAUGAAAAGAGUUUGGAUGUUCUUAAGAGUGCAUAUAUUCCUCCAACUAUUGAUACCAAUGAAUCAGAGUUAAACAUUGAACCAGUAAAUAUUUCACAAACUUGGACACCUAAAUAUGUAGGAAAACAGAAGAGAAUUCAUAUAGGUUCAAAUAUAUUGAGCACACUACUCAAUUCAAUUUCACAAUACGAAACUAUUAUUCGUGAGAGGAAUAAGAAGGUGGAAGUCUCUAGCAAUUUUAUAAUUGUGGGAGAAUUAGCUCAUUUAGAAAAUAUGAAACCAACAAUCAUUGAAAUUCUUACAACAAAAUUCCCACAUGCCUCUUUCACCUAUCAAGAAAAUAUUCAUUGUACAGUUCAACAUGUAGUAUGGGAUGUAAAGAAGGGAUUAUCAGGUGGAUCUUUUGAUGUGUUGGGUGGUGCAAAAAUCAUUUCUUCAUUGAGUAAUUUUCGACAAAUUGUGAAUCAAAGGCUUGGUUUUUUUGUUCGAGCCUUGAUUGGAAUGAAGGCUGCAAAACCGACAGUAAUAAAAAAAAUGCCCCCACAACGAAAGAUUUAUUUGGCCAAACGAACCUCCACAAAGCCAUCCAAUUCAGCACCGGCAAGUGAGAGUUCUUCAUCAUCGGCAACAGAAUCGCCAACAACUCCACUUCUGAAGAGUGAUCAGCCAAGAACUGAACAAGUUUCCUUCACUCCUCUGAUGUGUAUGAAGAAGGAGAAGGCUUCACUUGAGCAACGAAUUAAAAUUUUAGGCUUGGUAGAUAAAUUCAACAAGGAAGGUAUUGUUGGUAUUCCUUUGUAUAGCAAAUCGGAUACUGCAACUUUGAGUGAAUUACGUGCAACGAAUGAUACAUCUGCUGAGAAUAUUAUCAAGUUGAAUAUUGGUGGAGGUAUUUACACAACAACCAAGAAAACACUGAACCAAAGAGAAAACAUGUUGAAAGUUAUGAUCAACUCUGAAUUCCCAAUUGAUAAAGAUGAGAAUGGAUGUAUUGUAAUUGCUGAUAGAAACCCACAUUAUUUCCCAAUAAUUUUAGAACAUAUUAGAACAGGUAAGUUAAUUGUUAUGAACCCUUAUUUAACUCUCUCAUCAGGAUCAACAAAAUAUAUCGGCAUUCCUGAAGAAUACCCAUCUGAAGAAAGUUUGAUAGAAUUACGAAACCUUUUAGAAGAAUCGGACUUUUUUGGAACUCAAAAGUUGAGUAAUAUUAUUGCACUCAAAAUCAAGAAGGAUAGAAAAAUAUUAUCAAAUUCCAAUCAAGAGAAGAAUGAAUCAGAUGAGAAUAGAAAACAUGAUGAAGAAGAAUCUAAAUUGCUAACAAGAGAUAUUGUCUAUUUGACACAAGAAGAGAAGGAGCUUUUUGAUAAAUAUGUUGCUGAUAAAGACACUGAGCUAGUCAAAUUAAGAGAUAAAUUGAAGGAAUUAGAUGAGAAAGUUGAAAAACCACUCAAAAAAUUCAAUGUAAGAGGGGUACUAUUUGAAAUUGGUUUUGAAAAACUUAUUAAUCGUGACAGUUUAUUAACCACUCUUUGUAAAGAAAAAAGAAACGAUGAGGAGAUAUUCAUUGAUAGAGACCCAUCUACCUUUAGAGUACUAGUUGAGUGUUAUAAUUCUGAUGACUUUACAGCUAAUAUUCCAAAAGAAGUAGCACCAAGAAAGCAACUUUAUAACUUGGCAAAAGAAUUGAAUGUUAAAUUUUUGCUUGAACAUCUCGAUCCACUUAGGUUUCCUUUCGAAUUGCUAGGUGAAACUAAUCUCAACAUUAAGAAAAAUGAAGACUUUUUGAGAGAUAUGUAUAACUCUUUAUUAGAAAGAAAUAAUCCAAUUUUACAAGAUCCAAAACUACACUUGAUAGAAUUAUUUAAUGAUGAAUCUUCCGAUUUGUGCAAGAAAACAGAGCUACCAUCCUCUAUUUACCCUCUUUUCGACUUUGAAAAUGAAAAAGAGGCUGCAGAAUUGUGUAAACGUGAACAAAUCAAAAAACCACCAAUCCCAGUUAUUUGCAAUUCAAAAGAAACUUUCCAAAAUCAAUUCGAUGCUUUUUCAUGUUUUUUAUUGAAAGACCUCGAUUGGUCAAAUAUUGCAUGCGCUGGAGGUUCAGUGUUAAACUGCUUAUUACUUGCUGAUCAACAAGAGAAACCUCAAGCCGAGAAGAAAAACUUUGAAAUUGAGGAAAAUACAUACAGUGAUCCAAAUGAUAAGCCAUAUUGGACUGAAGAUGAUGAAUCCAAUGAUGAAGUAGAAACUCUUGAAAAUAGUGAUUACUUUACAUCUUCUGGAGACGAAGAAUUUUCCAAACUCGUAGCAUUUAAGGAGUCCAGGAAGAAGGAAGAAGAUAGUCCAGAAAAAAAUUUAUAUUCUUACUACAAGAAAAAUUUUGUUAAGAGUGAUAUUGACAUCUUCCUUUAUGAUAUUGACGAAAAAAGGGCAAUAGAUAAGAUAAUUUACAUUUAUGAACACUUAAAAAAACAAGUCAGCAGUAUUCCAGAUUCUAGUUUUUUGAAAAAAACAUACAACAGAAAGACUGAGCUAAAUGACAUUGCAAUCAUAAGAACAGAUAAUGCAAUCACUUUUACUUUCCAUCCUAAUUUUAGAAAAGUACAAAUUAUUUUAAGAAUUUACAAGAGUAUGUCAGAAAUACUAAUGGGAUUUGAUGUUGCAAGUUGUUGUGUUGCAUAUGAUGGACAUCAAGUUUAUGCUUUACCAAGGGCCAUUAAAGCAUUCUCUACAAGGUGUAAUAUUGUUGAUCCAGAUCGUCAAUCUACAACAUUGAGAGGCUUUAGAAUUGGUGUUCCUGGUUUUUCAGAAAAGAAAAUAUGUAACAAACUUUUGACAGAUUCUGAUUCAUUGAAACAAAACAGUGAUUGGUGGGGCGUUACUGGUAGAAAAAAGAAAUUGAAUAUUCAGCAAGUCACUGGUCUAGCAAGAAUAUUACUAAUUAGAAAUGGAAUUAAAAAUUGUACUAGAAAGAAUUCAAUGUGGUGGUCUGUUGGAGGAGGUAAUACUUUAGAACAAACCCAAAGAAAACUUAUUCGUCCUUCUGCCCCUUAUGUGGAUUUCACAGCCGGAUUAGCUGACUAUAGUACUCCGAGAGAUGUCUGUAGAAAGAUUUCAAACAAGUUAUAUGGCAUAAGACACUAUAGUAGUAACCCUCCUUUUAUAAAAACAGCCCUUAACGAUAUUAAGGUCAUAGUGGAUCCAGAUUCAAAAUCAUCUGGAAAUAAGAAAAAGGUCAAACAACAAUCUAACAAACUGAAAUUUAUUACAGCCAGUCCUGGUACUCAAAACGUAGGAAGCUUUUUCCCUCACACUAGAAAUUUCUUCCAAGAUGCAUACAUUUCUGGAACCAGACUUAAAAAAUCAAAGAAUACGUAUAUUUGGAGAGAAGGACAAACCACUUAUUCAAAAGAGAUGUCAAAACUAUUUGAAAAGAAAUAUCGUGCUUUCUUAAAGACAAGAGAUACUAAAGAUGCAGAAUUUCCAUUACCUGAUGAUAAGGAAGGAAGAGUUAUUGACUUUAGGAAUAUGUAUGUUGUUACAAAAGACAAAGUUAAGAAUACUAGAAAAUUUGGUUCACAAAUGGAGAGAUUUAAAGAUAAUAAUAGAGUUAUUCCAAGAAUCAAACAAAUCGCACAAGUGGACCACCAAGCUGUCCUAUUUGGAGAGGAAGAAAGUGAUAAGGAAGAGGAAGUUGUUGGUGACGAUGAAAGUUUUGUUAGAAGCAUUCGACACCAACCUGCCAGACGUGAGGGAACAUAUCAACAACGUUCUAUCUAUUCUCAACAAUUACCUACAACAGUACAUGACGAUGAUGAUGAUGAUGAGGAGGAUGAUGAGGAUGAUUAUAGAGGUGGUGAUUAUUAUGAUGAUGAUGAUGAUGACUUUGACGAUUAUGACUCUGAUGAAUUCCAUCCAGAUCAAGAAGAACUACAAAGAAUGCUCAUGAUGAACGCUGCCUUAAUGAAUCAGAACAAAGGACCACAAUGUCCACAACAAUAA